AUGGCGCUACCAGACGCAGUUGAAGCGCGUCGAAUCGCGGCGCAAUUGGCGACAUUGGAGCAGCAACGCGCUGAAGGAAAUCUACCAUAUGAUACAACACCUCUUCGUCUAUAUCAAGUACAAACUGGUGGCUUUGUACGUGUCCUGGAUCAACAUCCUGAGCCUAUUUCUCAGGGUAUGCUGCAAGCGAUUGAUACAUUUAUCAAGAAGCAUCAAGAGCGUGAAGAUUUAGACGAGAUGAAGGCGAAUAUGGACGGAAAACAACAAGAAGAAGAGGAGGAGGAGAAGGAGGAGGAGAAGACUGUGGCAGGACAAGAGACUGUUACUGUUGCUGGAGAUAUGGAGCAGAAAAGACGAGAGAAGAGUGUUGAUGCUGUUGCUCGUUCUUUGGAUCAAGACAUUGCAACGACAGUUUGUGAUACUGUGACGGACGUGGAUGAGGAGAUCGUGGAGAAGACAGAGUCUUAUGACGCCUCCAUUAGUGUAGACUGUGCACCUCCAUGGGAAACAGCAAGUGUUGUCAAGACGCCACAGGAAUUACUUGCUCAGAAUGAACGAGUGAGUGAUUUUUUGUGUCUAGAAACUUUGGUGGAGGACCAAAAGUUGCUGUCGGGGCAAGAGAACGCGCGAAACGAUGGCCAUCCAGUUGAUAAAGCUUUAAAUGACGUGUCGGAGCCUGUUGACAAUUCAAUGCUUUUAGAUCAGUGGCCACCUCAACUCGAAGAGCGACGAAGGUUGUGGUUUGCUCCUCAAAACUCAAGCAGAAGGACAUGUGUCAUCGGAGCGAAGAAUCAGUCUAUUGUAUAUUGGAUGCAUAACACGUUGCGGGUGACGCAGGGAAAUUAUGGAUUGGAAGCAGCCAUCAUGCUUUCGCGACGCCUAGCGGCACCAUUGGUAGUUGUAUGUCUUGUGUCAGUUUCUGUCAUCUACCCGGUCUGUCACGCGACGACAGCGAGCGAUGCGUACGCGAGAUACUCGCUUGUCGAGUUGUAUCAGCAGUUCAAGCAAGCUGGGAUACCAUUUUAUGGAAUAACAGCUAAGGAGUUUAAAAUGUCGACAACUUCAAAUGAUCAGCAAAACUCGCUCUCGUUGAAGCCCAAUCCGCUAUACGAAUUGCUGGAUGGAUUUGAACCACACGCGGUAGUGGCCGAUGCCAUGUUUGACCCGCCAAGUAGAAGGGACAUGGUCCACUUGGCCCGUUAUUUGAAUUUAAAUCGUUCAUCUUGCUCGUGGUCUUUCAUGUCAAUGGAUUCCACAACGUGUUGCCCCGCCUAUCAACUGUCACCGAAGCUGCAGAGGACAUUUGAGCGUGGCGCUGCGUUUGCCAGUGAGGAACAGUUCGGAGCUGAGUAUGCAUCAUUUUCUCAGCCGCGUAAUGGAACAUAUGUCUUUAGUCCCUUGCCUCGUGUCAGCACCCUAGAUCGAGUCGUAGACUCACGACGUUUAAAAGUGAUUAAUGCUCUGUUGCAACGGCUUCACAUGGAAGAAAUCAACUGGCAAGUUGUUAAGGCAGAGAAUGCACAGUCAAGUAGUCAGAUGCGGCGAUUUAGUGAAGGAGAAGGACUGCAGAAACUUAGUCAGCUUCUAGCAGAUUCAGAUAGCCACCCAGCUAUUCAGACAGAGUUGCGUGGUGGAGGGGUGUUGAGUCUCUUGCCAUUUAUUCGUCAUGGUACACUAUUUGCUGGCUACGUUCUGCAGCGAAUAAGCGAAUCAAUCGAUUUGUGCCCAACACCAACAGCCUCACAAGAACGAAAAGCACUUGCGAUGCGAAAAGUUAUGCGAUCUCGAGCUGCGAAACACUUUGGCAUCGAGCGAGAUUAUGUGCUGUAUCUAUCCCUGUGGUCUACUGCUGCCGCUGCUGGCGGAUCUUUUGAUCCAAGCGAACCAACUCAACCUGACAUCACUUUGUCUUCUACAAGCGAAAUUAUUGCAGGAUUGAAGAUGUCAGCACCUCGUAGCUCUUCUUUGGACAUUUAUCGAAAGCUAUUGCCUGCAUGGGCAUACAGCGCAGUCAGAAUUGCAGAAGAAUCGAAGGUUCACGUGACAGAUGCAGCACUCUACGAUCCCUACGAGCUAGAAUGUGCACGAACGAAGGAUCUGUACUGGAAUGAAAUUCAAAAAAUGCUCGUUGAGCAGCAGUAUCUACACCCGCUUUUGGUGGUGUAUUGGGCGUACCGAGUCUUAACGUGGAGCGUGUCAUGUCGAGCGGCGAUUGCGACAAUCGAGUCACUCAUUUCUCAAUGUGCGCUCGGUUCGGCAAGUUCUCCUGAUGCUGUGUUAAUUGUAUGGAAACAAUUAUUCCGUCUUGGAUCAUCCAGCAUCAAUGCGACGAUCUCUAGUAACAUGCAGAAAACCUCACACCUAGAAGAACUCCGACAGUUCCAACUUAUUCUAGAAAGCGAGCUUGCAUCGCAACCAAAACUGCAGCUACGUCCAUGA